AUUUAUUAUUAAUUACUAAUGAAUCAAUAAUCAAGAUUGGCUGGUGAUUUUAUCAAUUAAAGAACUAAUUUAUUAGCCUAGAAACUCAGAGAAACAGGGGAAGAUUCCAGGUAUUGAAAAUUUUAAUAAAUUAAGAUUAGAGGAAUAUUUGAGAUAAAAAUUGAUUGAAUGUAGAUGGAGAGAUGAUCUUAAGGAUUAUUGUAAAGAAGUAAUCAGAUAAAAAGGACUAGAAAAAAUAACUAUAGAGGAAUUGACAGAUAUGUUAUAUGUAAGAGGAUAAGCAACAAUUCCUAAUAAAGUUAAAGAGGACUUAUUAUCAAGACUUAGACAAUUCUUUGAUGAAAAUUAAAUAUGAUUGUAAACUGGUCC